CCGCUCCGGGGCGUCUGUCGUCUGCUGCUCCCACCGCUGCCAGGCGCUCGAAGCGGCGCUCCCUCCCUCCCUCCGCGGCCGAGUCGGGAUUUGCGGCUCUUGCGGGCGGAAGAGGCCGGCAGAAACGCUCCCUUGCUAGCCAGUCUCCCACUCCGCGACCAGCAUCACCGAGAAACGUUGACUCUGCUCCUUGGAGGGUCUCCUAGGAACGAUUCCUCCCGAGCCUUGGCAUUAAGAAGCGACCAUGGCAGCAGAACACAGAAACCCGGCAGGCUUGGAUCUCCAGCUGGAUGCCGAGUUGGAGGACGGUGUGAAAAUCGAGGUGCAGGAAGACGCUGACUCUGAGCCCGAGAAGGAGGCGGUUGGAAGUCCUCUGGCGAUCCCCUCGGAGAGCGCGAAGGACUCACCGGAAGGCAGUGCAGCGGAAGCCGUCAAGCACGAGCCGGAGGCCGAACCAGGAGAAUGUUGCCUGGAGGUGGAAGAGGAGAAGUUUUUGAUGGGCAAGCAGUCCCCUGCUUCUGAGCCGGGAAAUGAGCCGCUGCUGAAGGCAGAAGUAAGCGACCAUUCGGAGGCCGAGCUCUCCCCCCUGGAGGAGACGUCCGACCUCGGGCCGCAGAGCAGGCGGAACAGGGUGGUCCGGCCCCUCUUGCGCGUGGGCGAAGAGACCCGGCAGUCCGUCAACAGCGCCUCUGCGAAAGCCAAGCCCGAGUUCAUAGAGGUGGGGGAGGAGGGCCUCGAGGUGACCGCCGCCGGCCUGGACAUUGAGCGCCAGUGCUUCAGGCAGUUCUGCUACCAGGACGCCGAGGGGCCCCGCGAGGUCUGCGGCAUGCUCUGGAAGCUCUGCCACCGCUGGCUGCAGCCGGAGCGGCGCUCCAAAAGCCAGAUCCUGGAGCUGGUGAUCCUGGAGCAGUUCCUCUCCAUCCUGCCUGAGGAAAUGCAGAGCUGGGUCAGAGCCGGGCAUCCAGAGACUUGCUUUCAGGCCGUGGGCCUGGCCGAGGACUUCCUGGGGCGGCAGCAAGGGACUGAGCGGCGGGAACGGCAGGGUCUGUGGCCCUUCAAAGAGGCAACUGUUGAUUUCCAUGGGUCCGAAGGAGCGCCAAUGGAGUCCAGCGAGUGGCCGAUGUUCAGAGAGAACAAAGAGGAGGACGUCCCUUUACUAGCUCCGGUGGAGAACCCGUACACGUGCUGGGACUGCGGCGAGAGCUUCUCCGGGAUCGACGUGCUGGUGGCCCACCAGAGCAUCCACACGGGAGAGAAACCCUUCAUCUGCUCCAAAUGCGGGCAGAGCUUCAGCCAGCGCUCGCAACUCACCGCGCACGAGAAAAGCCACGUGCCAAAGAAGGCCUUCCCUUGCCCGGACUGCGAGCAGAGCUUUAACAAGAAAAGUGGGCUCUUGGCUCACCAGAGGACACACACGGGAGAGAAGCCGUACCACUGCGUGGACUGCGGGCAGAGCUUUGCCCACAAGUUCGAUGUCAUCCGGCACCAGCGCAUCCACACGGGGGAGAAGCCGCACGAGUGCCCCGUUUGCGGGAAGAGCUUCCGGAACACCUCAGCCUACCACGUGCACAUGAGAAUCCACACCGAAGAGAAGCCAUACCCCUGCUCAGUCUGCGGGAAGAGCUUCCGGCACCGGGCAAACGUCAUCGUACACGAGAGGAUCCACACGGGGGAGAAGCCGUACGUCUGCGUGGAAUGCGGGAAGAGCUUUGGCGAUGCCUCUUCCCUUCGGAAACACAGGAGGUCCCACACGGGGGAGAGGCCGUACCACUGUGCGGAGUGCGGGAAAAGUUUCUCCCAGAACGCCGGGCUGGUUCAGCAUGAGAAAAUCCACACGGGAGAAAAGCCCUACCAGUGCCCGGAAUGUCCCAAAAGCUUCCGGGACAAAUCGGCUUUCGUCGCGCACCAGAGGACCCACACGAAGGAGACUCCGUACCGUUGCAUGGUCUGUGGCAAAUGCUUUGGCCAUCGCUCCAACCUUCAUAAGCAUGAAAAAAUCCACGCCCGGAGGCAGAUGGUAUGAGUACUGACGGGAAGCACUUCCUUCAGAAAUCAAAACUCCUUGUGCAUGAAGAGACUCGUUUCAACGAGAAGGCAUAAAGCGCUUCUCCCACCUUAACAGUUUUUGUUUCCCCACCAGGGAAAGAACGAUGUGCUUCGUACCUUCCUGGUCAGUUCCAGGGCUCUGUGGCUUAACAGGAACAAAACAGUAACUUUGGGGAGGUAGCUCGAUCGUAUGAAGGUGAAUAUGAUGGAUUGUCUUUAUUACCAUCGUUCCUUUUCCCCCCCCCUUCCCUUUUCCUUACUUCUUAGAUUUUUUUAAAAAUUGGAUUAUAUUUUAAGUGAGUUGAUUUAAUGAAUAGCACUACUCACGUUUUGAAUGCAUGUACGCUAUAACCAGUUUAAUGUGAGCAUUUUGGCUGCCCUGCUUUGGACCAGGGUUGUCCCUGUGGUAGCAUUCAGUGUACUGCUGGGGGCUGCUGCUCUUCGUGAUCCCCUCUCCCGAGCAACACAUGGUGUUGAUUUGGGGCCUGGCAUUUGGGAGGGGGGCGUGCGGUAUGGAUGUUGAAGAGAGCUGGUUUCUGGCCGUGGAAUGGAAUUCAGUUCGGUUCCAUCCUAAAGCGCUGUCCCCUAUCAGGAAAAAUGGUACAUGUCCAGGGGAGGUGUAUCUGGCAGCUACUGCAAAUGGCUGUGGCCCAAACGCAGCUAUUAAUUUGGCCUCGGGAAGAGGCUUGUUGGAGACAUCAUGUCAAGGGCCUACCUGUCUGUCGUCCCCUUUGGCGAGGAUGAAUGGGCCAACCCCCUUCAGGAGGGUUCAGCCAGCCCGUUCUUGCCAGCUCCUGAUGGGUGGGGUUCCCACUUCCUUUCAGUCCUCCUUACCUCCCCCCACUCCCCCUUUACCACAAGGUAAUAGCAGGUAUUUUUAUUCUUUCUCUCUGUCUUUGGCUUAACGCACAUGGAGAUCCAUGCUGUCGGAUGCAAGUUAAUGGACCUUGGCUUAUAGUGACUCAAUAUAGGCAUUGUAGAAGCUACUUUAUUUAAUCAUUCUUUUAUACUGCACCCUGCUUUAUUUCUCUUCAGAUCUCUCUUUCGUCCAAGUUUAAUAAAGUCUUUCUAAAUUGGA